AUGUCUGUCAGACUUAAAACUGAGUAAUAAAUGCGUUUCAACCGAUAUAAAAUAUCGGUUUUUAUUUAUAAAAAGUAUUUCGUAUUUGUAUCAUAAUGUCGUUAUUUCGUAAACCGAAGAAAAUUCAAAGGCGUGUGUUCUGUGCGGACGAUGACGAGGACGGUGAGCCUGAACCGCCGCCACCGCCGAUUAUUAGUAGUCAAGCUAAAAAGGAAAAGUCUGCGAAAAACACUCCGCUUUUAAGUUUCGCAGACGAAGAAGAAGAAGACGGUGAAGUAUUCAAAGUUAAGAAAUCAUCACAAAGUAAAAGAUUAGCCAAACGCAGAGAGAAAGAGAGACGACGUGUUCCGGAUGGUGAUAAUGAUAAAUAUGACAAUCAUGAUGAUGAGGAAAAGCAACCAGAGGUGAAGGAAAAACCGAAGCCCAAGAAGAAGGUGACACUCGAGGGUCUGAUUCUGUCUGGACGAGAGGCACUGGCGGCUGACGGGGCGGGAGACGUGUCCGAGGAGAGCGCGAAUGAAGAUGAAGAGGAUAGUAGGGGUUUCCAUCGGUACCGGGCAGAGACCGUGCGGGCGGCGCUGGCCGUGGCGCCCGGACACAUUCCCGACGCGGCGCUCAUCCACGCGGCGCGCAAGACGCGACAGCAGGCUCGUGAACUUGGCGACUUCGUGCCCUUACAGUCGGAACCCACGUCAGGUUCGAGGCUCGUACGAGACGACGACGGUGAUGAUGACGAUGAUGACGAAGAAGGCAGGAUACAAGUCCGAGGGUUGGAACUGCCAAGUGAUAAACCAAAACGCGGAACUGCAGCGGCACUGUCCGAUGAAGAGAUAAAUAGCGAAGCAGAGGAAUGGGAGGAACAGCAGAUGCAGAAAGCUGUGCCUUCUAUUGCAGAAAUCUCAGGCGAGGGCGUGGAGCUGAACCCGUUCGCCGUGGCGCCGCCGCCGCCCCGGCUAGAAGACGCACCCGCGCACCUGCGCUCGCUCAGCGCGCCCGGGCAGCCGCCGCCCGCCAGCGCUCAGGACUUGCUGAACGCGUUGCAGGCCAGGCUGUCGGAGCUGCAGGCGACUCGCGCGGCGACGGCGGGGCGGCGCGCGGCGCUGGAGGAGCGCCUGCUGUGCGCGACGCGCGUGCGCGACUCGCGGGCGGCGCGCCGGGCCGCGCUGGACGCCGCCUACCGCCGCGCGCAGGCCGCCCGCGGGUACGUCACCGACCUCGUCGAGUGUCUGGAUGAGAAGAUGCCUCAACUGGAGGCAUUAGAGGCUCGAGCGCUGGCGCUGCACAGGCGUCGCUGCGAGUUCCUGGUGGAGCGGAGACGGGCCGACGUGCGUGACCAGGCACAAGACGUGCUCGCGCUCGCUGCGCGUGCUGGCGCGGCCAAGCCGAUCGACAGCGAGGACAAGCGCAAGCGCACGGCGGAGCGCGAGGGCCGGCGGCGCGCGCGCCGGCUGCGGCGCGAGGCGGCCGGCUCCGCGCACGCGCACCGCGACGGCGACUCCAGCGACGACGAGCUGCCGCCCGCGCUGUUCCACCACUGCCAGCAGGAGACCGAGGCGAUCCGCUCGCUGUCGGCGCGGCUGUUCGCGGACGCGCUGAGCGCGUGGCGCGACGUGCGCGGGGUGUGCGCGCGCGCGGCGCGGCUGCGGCGCCGCCAGCCCGCGCUGUACGCAGACGCCUACGUGGCGCACUGCCUGCCGCGCCUGUUGGCGCCCUACGUCAGGCAUCAGUUAAUAUUAUGGAAUCCACUUGCUGAUGAAGACAAUGAAGACUACGAGAAAAUGGACUGGUACAAAUGUCUCAUGAUGUACGGCGUCAAGUCAGAGAACCUGUCGAGUGAUUCCGAUCAAUCGUCGGAUGACGAAGCUGAGCCACCAGCGAUCACCGAGAAUUCCGUAAGGGAAGACCCCGAUCUGAUGCUGGUACCUACUAUUAUCGAUAAGGUUGUGCUCCCAAAAGUUACCGAGCUGGUGGAGCAGGCGUGGGACCCGUUGAGCGUGCGCGCGUGCGUGCGCCUGCGCCGCCUACUCCUGCGCGCCGCGUCGCUUCCGGCUGCGCACCCGCACCGCCUGGCCGUCGCCGCGCGCGCACGUCUGGCCGCCGCGCUCGCCGCUGACGUCUUCCUACCCGCUCUACCGCCGCAGAUAAUGGACGGCGCGGGCGGUGCGUUUUGGAAGCGCAGUCUGGGUGGCGGCGUGCGCCUGCUGCGCGCCGUGCUGGCGCUGUGUGCGCCGCCCGCCGCGCUGCAGGCGGACCCGCUCGCACUCUCACUCAUCGAGACCCUAUGCUGUGCGGCAGGCGCGGCGCCGGGCCCGCAAGUGGCCGCCGCCGCCGCCGCGCUGGCCGACACGCUGCCCCGCAGCGGCGACCUGCGGGCGAAGGCGCUGCGCCGCCUGGCCACGCUGGCUCAGCUGGCACUGAGUCGGCUGCAAACCGACAACCCGAUGCAUUUAAAAGCGCUCGAGCAAGCAAGAGGUGUUUUAGCAGAAGCGCGAGCGGUUGAAUGACGCUGGCAUUAAGUUGUUUACAAUUUUAUUCCUGCUGAAAAAUAAUUCGGCUUGUUGCAACUAGAGUCAUAUCAAAAAUACAAAUUCUGUGAAAUGUACCGUAAAAAUGAUGUUAUUCAUUAAAAACAAC